CAGAAUACUUAAAGAUGCAAAAGGUUAAAAAGUGAUGUUUGCCUGAACUAAUUGAAGUUGUAUGUAAACAGCUUACUUAAUGCAAUACCUGGGUUUUCGUGUCCUAAUUUAAGAUAACUAAGUAAUAAUGUGAGAGUUUGUCUAUUAUUGCAUCACCAUCUGGUCUAAUACAACAGCUGUGCCAUAAAUUCUACAUACCCUAUGUUCAGUAUUUGUGUUGAAAAAUGUGUAUAUUUGAAUACAUGGCUGUCAUUGAGGUCAUAUUUAAAGGUGGUGUCAUCCAUUUAUAUACAUGAGGGAGGCAGAAUAUUAGAAACACCUCUGAAUAUAAUGCAGUCCAGUCCAACAUCAUCACUAACUAUGACCUCAGUGCUAAACCAGCUAAUUUAAUGUGGGCUACAGGCAGAACCUGUUUUGGAAUGGAUUAGACGGUGAAGAUGUUCCAACUGAAAUGGCCACCAAGUGUAUUUUAUUGCAUGUACAGAAGAAAAUAAUCAAUUCCAGGACAUAGUUAGACAUGGUAGUUUCUGGCAUGACCUGUAUUGUCAGCAUCAACUCUAAGGGCACUGUUGUAACGGAAACAGUUAUUGAAAAAUUUUAAGUUAAAUUAGCGUAAUAGAGAAAACAAUUUGCAUCAGCCAUAAACAAAGAAAAACUCUUGUCAGAGGGGAAAAAGCCUGCUUUUCAAGACUUGCCACGUAGAAUGCUGUACAUGAAAUCCCCUGAGCAGGACAUGCUUGAACUUGCCAUUUUAAUUAGCUCUCUGAACAAACAUGUUAAAAACACACAGGGAAAUAACAUAUCUUAUGAUGCUUUUUCUGAGGCUUAUUCUCUGGAGAAAUCAAGCUUCUCAAACAACACUGUUUGAGGCACACAAUCUGAUUUUACAACUGAGAAAAUAGGCGGUAAUUGACCAACAGGUUAGAACGCUUUUAAUGUCAGAUACAUUUGCUAUUUACAGUCUAUAUACUGCUGGAAAACCUUUGGUACAUAGUACAAACUUCUGUUAAAGCAUAUGUCAGCACUGAAAGUGAAGAACAUAAAUGAAUAAUGGCUGCUUGUCCCUGUGCCCCCAAUUAGUACAGACAUGCAUUGUUAUAUGGUUAAUUGUCUUGCUCCUCUGUGUCUUUUAACAUGCUCCCAGGACAUGAAGGAGGAAAGGAGCGCACACUGAAGCACCAGCUGUGCAUGUAAAAGCCUCUUGAUGGCUCAUUCAAGGCAUCAUCAGGCUGCUUUUGCAUCAACAAUAACCGCACACUGUUGUCUCCGCAGGGGUUUCUUUAACUCUGUUUUUUUUUUGUUUUUUUUUAACACCACUGGGAAAUGGCGUUAAAAUAUUUCAGAAGAUUGACGUACAGCCCCUCUGUCCAAAGAAACUGAAAACUGAUGUGGAACAGGAAAACAUUGUUCAAGAUUAAAAUUCACAUCAAAUAUGUUAUUCAUAUGACCUAAGGCAGCUUAAUGUCUCUUUAUGACAAUGAACAAUUUCCUGACAUUAAAGCCUAAAUCUAAUUUGGAAAGCUGUGUUGAUGUACAGCCCGGAGCACCUUCAUUCAUUUUAAAAAAAAAGUUGGGUGAUCUGGAGAUUCAUGCCACAUUUGUUUGAAUUUUGACAUCACGCUAGUGCUACUGUAUCUGAUUCCAAUGGAGAAAAUGUACGCGCUCAUUUCCAGCUAUAUCUUUCCUAGUUAUUGAUCUAUUGAUUUCAUUAUCAGUGGGGCACAAACAGGCACAAGAGUGAAUAUUUUGAAGCUGAUAAGGAUUUCACUUUAAAACAUAAAGGAUAGUUCCACAUUUUUAAACUGUUUCAAAUUAAUACACAUACUCCCAUAUGUCCAUUGAAGCAGUUGUUGCUUGCUGUAAUCAUUUCUCCUGCUCAUACUGGUCAUUAAAAUAUCCCCUCAUAACAUGUUUCCAAUGUAGGCGAUGUGGAAAUCAAAUCAAAUUUGCAUCUUCGAAAAUCUUUGUCGUACUAGCCAUCCACUGCAGCUCAGCACAGAAACACAAAGAUGGAAUUUCAUACUUUGACAUGCUGUAACUUUUGAAGAUACUGACUUCAUUUAUCUGUAGAAGACGGUUGAAGCCACAUAUUAGCUUCAAAUAAUCUUAGGAAAAUAUUAAUAUUAAUCGUCUGUUUGAACGGGGAGAAUAAUUACAGUAAGGGAAAAAAAAGGUUUCACUGUUGUUUUAAGAUAGACUUGAAAAACUGUGUGUAUCCCUCAGUGCUAUUGUAUGCCCUUGCAGUGCUUGUCUUCUGAGACCAUCUCAGAUUUAGUGUGUUACUUUUAAUUUGCCAAACUGAGCUGAACAAAGCAAUGUUGGGCAACUAUCUCAAGGGGCAUGGAAGACUAUAAAUUGUAAUUACAUGGGCUAUUAAACUGUUGAUGCACAGCAGGCUUUAUUUUCAUCUCCAACAUCAGGUGAGCAGCAUUUUGAACACUGAUAGAAAACCUGGAGAUCAUUAUUAUCAUAAUCAUUAUUAUUAUUAUUAUUAUUAUUAUCAUAAUCAUUAUUAUUAUUAUUAUUAUUAUCUUUUAUAUCAGGUUUUUUAUGUAACUCGAUAUCACCAACUUGAGAAUGUUUGUUCAUGUGCAGUGUAUUUCUAACAGAUUUGAUUCUCUGUCUGCUUUACAAAUCAUGACGGGUGCAGGCCUUGGUGUGAUGGAUCUGUGUGUGACCAUCAAAGGGGUCUCCUUCCUCUUGCAAACAGGUAUGGGCAUCUUGGGGAACACCGUGGUGCUGCUGGCUUACGGCCACAUCAUUUACACCGAACCCAAGCUCCUUCCUGUGGACAUGAUCCUGUGCCACCUGGCCUUUGCCAACCUAUUGCUGCUUCUGACCCGCUGCGUCCCUCAGACCAUGACUGUGUUUGGGCUCAGAGAGCUGCUGAAUGAUCCCGGCUGUAAGGUGGUUAUCUACGCCUACCGCAUCGGCCGGGCUUUGUCAGUCUGCAUCACCUGCAUGCUCAGCGUGUUUCAGGCAGUGACCAUCGCCCCUGCUGGACCCCGUUUGUCAAGGCUGAAGCCUGCACUUCCCUCACUGGUGCUCCCCACCUUUGCAGGGCUGUGGCUCCUCAACAUGGCCAUAUGCAUCGCAGCCCCUUUCUUCUCUAUGGCUCCACGUAAUGGCACUGUCCCUGCCUUUACCCUCAACCUGGGCUUCUGUCAUGUGGACUUCAGAGACAACCUGUCCUAUGUGAUCAAUGGGGUGGCUGUCUCUGGGAGGGAUUUCGCCUUUGUCGCUGUGAUGGUGGGCUCCAGUGGUUACAUCCUGCUGCUUCUCCACCGCCACAGCCGCCAGGUGAGAGGGAUCCGUCGCUCUCAGGGUGGUGGAGCAGAGACCAGGGCUGCCAAAACAGUGGUUACCUUGGUGGUUCUAUACGUGGUCUUCUUUGGGAUUGAUAACGUCAUCUGGAUUUACAUGCUGACAGUGGCUAAGGUGUCACCAGUGGUGGCUGAUAUGAGGGUAUUCUUCUCCUCCUGCUACGCCUCUCUCAGCCCCUACUUCAUCAUUUCUUCCAACAAGAAGGUCAAGGCGAAGAUCCUGUGUGCAUCUGAGCAAGACCGGUCGUCAGCGGAUACUCAGGAGUCGAAUGACAAAUGACUCUUUCUCUAUCUUGACAGGCUGUUAACUCUCCUGCAAGACAGCAGAGUUGUCAGACCUUAUCAUUUUGAGCAUUUGUGCACAGAUGACUGUCAUUACCUGAGCAAUAGACCCUUUAGGAAGUAGUACUAGAGAGAAGUGUCUGCACUGGUCUGUGUCUUUUUUUUUUUUUUGUAUGUACUCCUACAUUUUUAUCAGAAUCAUAAAUACACAGGUCUCUGUACCUGCAAUAUAGUUUGUGGUCAAUUUGUAUACCCACAUAUCAUUCUCAUCAUCAUCACUAGAGCUGAAAUGAUUAGUCGAUCAUAAAAUCUUGAGAAUUGAUUAAGUGUUUAAGUCAUUGUUCAAGCAACUACACCAACCAUCUGUUUGUUCCAGCUUCUCAGUUGUGAGGAUUUGCUGCUUUUCUUUGUGUCUGUCUGUAAUAGUAAAUAGAUUGCCUUUGGACUGUUGGACAUAUAAAUGCAAUCUGAACAGGGUCAUUAAUGACUUGUUUCAGGGAAUUUAAGGGUUUAAAUGUUCAGAGCAUGAGUUUUUAUAUUGUACAAUUUCUCUUAAAUUGCACAUGGUAAGAUUUAAAGCCUGGUUCAGAUCUUUUUGAGAAUCAAAAUUCUUAAAUUGGACUGUUUAAGGUCAGAAACAUACCAGAAUUAUAUUCCUGGCAUUGUAUGAAAGCUUUUUGACAGCAUUAGAUACUUGACUGAAGAGCUAAAAUUGAUCGGACAUAUAUUUUAGAAGUUAAAUGAACAUUGAAAUGUGGAAAAUAAGACUUUUUUUGGUCACUUGUCAAAAAAAUAUCUGGACAGUUGAGUGCUACAAUCCUUAAUUUGAAGAUGACAAUUUAGGAUUUAAAGUUGUAAUGGUUUUUUGUUUUUUUUUUACUUUUAUCAACAUGUCAUAUAUCAGAUGAUUAUUUUUGACACCGUUAACAGCACAUAAUCAAUAAUGAAAUAAUAAUUAGUUGCAUACCAUUCUAUUAUUCUUAGGUUUUACCUAUUUGCUCAAUCUAUCUCUCUCUCUCUCUCUCUCUCUCUCUCUCUCUCUCUCUCUCUCUCUCUCCCUCUCUGGUUGCGCUCUGAUUGGUU